AUGACAGAAUUAAAUUCGGUUCAGCAGUUUUAUGCUGGAAAAACAAUUUUCAUAACCGGUGGGUCAGGAUUUAUGGGAAAAGUGCUGAUCGAGAAGUUGCUUUACUCAUGUACUGAUCUUAAGGAAUUAAUCAUUUUGAUGCGUCCAAAACGUGAUAAAUCAGCAGCACAACGCGUGGAAGAUUUUACCAAAUUGGCUAUGUUCAAGCGAAUAAUGGACGAGAAACCUGAAGUGAUGAAGAAAAUUUUCCCUGUUUGGGGCGAUGUGUCAGUGCCGGACUUUGGACUUAGCGAUGAACAUCUCAGGAGAGUCACGGAAAACACGGAAAUUGUGUUUCAUUUAGCUGCAAGUUUAAAAUUGGAAGCAACUUUAAAGCCAAAUAUUCAAACAAAUUUGACAGCUACGAAAUUUGUGUUGGAUGUGGCAAACAAAAUGAAGAAUCUUGUAAUCAUGAUACAUACGUCAACAGCGUUUUGCAACAUUGAACACGAGGUCAUGGAAGAAAGAGUUUAUGACUAUCCCCACCGUCCCGAAGACCUUAUUCGUUGUGCUGAAUGGAUGAGUGAAGAUUCAAUGGCAUUGGCACAAAAGGAGAUUCUUGGAUUGCAUCCGAAUACCUACACCUACACGAAACGACUUGCGGAGAUUCUUGUUCGAGAUGAAUACAACAAGGGAACUUUGCCGGUUUGUAUCGUUCGACCAAGUAUUGUCUGUCCGGCAUAUUGGGAACCAGUUAGUGGUUGGGUAGACUCGUUGAAUGGACCACCAGGAAUUCUCAUCGCUGGUGCUAAAGGUGUUCUCCGAUGUAUGUUGCUCAAUAAAAAAUCAAAUUUUGAAGCAAUUCCUGUGGACACUGCUAUUAGUGGCUUAAUCAUGAUAGCGAAACAUCUUGGAACACAGAACAUGAGGCCCAAAGAAAUUCCGGUCUUCAAUGUGACGAAACACAAAUCGCGGCGUGUUACAUAUGGAGAAUUUUUCGAUGUGGCUAAUCAAAUGAAGUUCGAGAUUCCAUUUGUGAUGAGUCUUUGGUAUCCAAAUGUUACGAUAACACAAAACAAAUUCUAUUAUUGGUUUAAUGUUUUGCUUUUCCAAUGGUUGCCUGCUUAUUUCGUUGACUUUUUGUUCAUGUUGUUUGGACAGAAGAGAUUCAUGGUUCAUGUUCAGAGAAAAAUUGCUAUUGGAAUGGAUGUUAUAAAAUUUUUCACAAUGAAUGAUUGGAAUUUCAAAUCUGAUAAUUUUGUUAGCCUUGUGAAGAUACAAUCGCCGGAUGAAUAUAAAAUGUUUCCAAUUGAUAGUGAAAACAUGGGCGAAACUUUGGAUUACUUAAGAAUAACAAUGUAUGGUGGACGAGAGUAUUGCGGAAGAGAUCCUUUGAGUACUGUUCCGAAAGCUAGGAUAAUCAUCAGAAUACAAUACGUGAUCGAUUGUUUGUGCCUCAUCUUCUGUUCGAAUCGGACGAAUAUAGAUUUAGUCUUAAAGUUAAAAACAAAUUUAAAAUUUGAAGAAAUGGAGAAUUUAAAUUCAAUUCAAAAGUUUUAUGUGGGAAAAACAAUUUUCAUUACUGGCGCUUCUGGUUUUAUGGGCAAAGUGUUAAUUGAAAAGCUUCUUUACUCGUGUAGUGAUGUCGAGAGAAUUUUUAUUUUAAUGCGACCAAAGCGUGGAAAGUCAGCUCAAGAACGUGUAGAUGGCUUCGCAAAACUUGUGGUUUUCAAACGCGUUGUAGACGAGAAACCGUCGACGUUGAACAAGAUUUAUCCUGUUUUUGGAGACAUCACACAACCAAAUUUCGGUCUCAGUGAUGAACAUCUUAAGUUGGUCACUGAAAGUACUCAAAUUUUCUUUCACAUGGCAGCUUCAUUGAAACUUGAAGCUACUCUCAGACCAAACAUCAUUAUGAACCUUUGUGGAACAAAAUAUGCCCUUGAUGUAGCUAAACAAAUGAAGAAACUCAUUCAAAUGGUUCAUUUGUCGACAGCGUUUUGUAACAUUGAACCUGAAAUUGUGUACGAAAAAGUUUACGACUUUCCGCAUUGUCCAGAAGAUUUGAUGAGAUGUGCAGAAUGGAUGAGUGAAGAUGCUAUGGCAAGUCUUCAGAAAGAAGUUUUGGGACCUCAUCCAAACACUUACACCUACACUAAACGAUUGGCGGAAAUUCUCGUUCAGAAUGAAUUCGGAAAUCUUCCAGUUUGCAUAGUUCGUCCAACAUUAGUCACACCAGCGUUGUAUGAACCAGUUCCUGGUUGGGUUGACUCUCUUAAUGGUCCUAUUGGAAUCGUUUAUGCUGGUGGGAAGGGAGUGUUGAGAAGCAUGCUCAUUACUAAAGAAGGAAGGUUUGAAAGUGUUCCCGUUGAUGUUGCAAUCAAUUCUCUUAUUGUCAUCGCUGAAAAGAUGUCAACAGCUGUGGAAAAACCAAGAGAGAUUCCCGUUUUUCAUACAACAAUCCACAAAUCACGUGUUAUGACCUACCAGGAAUUGUUUGAUAAGUUUUUGGCAGGUGCAAUAAAUUAUCCGUAUAGUUGGCCCGUAUGGUAUCCUAACGGCUGUCCCACAACAAGCCGCACAAUUCAUGUGCUAAAAACUUUCUUCUUUCAAUGGAUUCCUGCAUAUGUUCUUGAUUUCUUGUUGAUCGUUUUCCGACAGAAACCGAUCUUAGUUAACAUUCAGAAGAGAAUUGCUGUUGGUAGUGAAGUUAUUUUGUUUUUCAGUACAGGAAUUUUUACCUUCAACGCUGACAAAUUUGAAGCUUUAUUCAAGUUAAUGACACCAGAAGAACAUAAAAUGUUUCUUGUGAAUACAGAUAAAGCUAAAUCAAAUAUCGAUGAAACUGAAUACAUCAAGCAGUGUGCUUUAGGUGCAAGACAAUAUUGUGUCAAUGAUCCAUUGAGUACUCUUCCGACCGCUAGACGAGUCUAUAAAGCAUCAAUCGUCAUCCAUGUCACAUUUCUUGCUUUUUUCUGGUACUACGUCAUAAAAAUGAUGUUGAAGCUUUUCGGAUUGUACGAUCCACUUAUGAAAAUGGAGAAUUUAAAUUCAAUUCAAAAGUUUUACGUGGGAAAAACAAUUUUCAUUACUGGCGCUUCUGGUUUUAUGGGCAAAGUGUUAAUUGAAAAGCUUCUUUACUCGUGUAGUGAUGUCGAAAGAAUUUUUAUUUUAAUGCGACCAAAGCGUGGAAAGUCAGCUCAAGAACGUGUAGAUGGCUUCGCAAAACUUGUGGNCAUAGUUCGUCCAACCAUAGUCACACCAGCGUUGUUUGAACCAGUUCCUGGUUGGGUUGACUCUCUUAAUGGUCCUAUUGGAAUCGUUUAUGCUGGUGGGAAGGGAGUGUUGCGAAGCAUGCUCAUUACUAAAGAAGGAAGGUUUGAAAGUGUUCCCGUUGAUGUUGCAAUCAAUUCUCUUAUUGUCAUCGCUGAAAAGAUGUCAACAGCUGUGGAAAAACCAAGAGAGAUUCCCGUUUUUCAUACAACAAUCCACAAAUCACGUGUUAUGACCUACCAGGAAUUGUUUGAUAGGUUUAUGGCAGUUGCAAUAAAUUAUCCGUAUAGUUGGCCCGUAUGGUAUCCUAACGGCUGUCCCACAACAAGCCGCACAAUUCAUGUGCUAAAAACUUUCUUCUUCCAAUGGAUUCCUGCAUAUGUUCUUGAUUUCUUGUUGAUUGUUUUCCGACAGAAACCGAUCUUAGUUAACAUUCAGAAGAGAAUUGCUGUUGGUAGUGAAGUUAUUUUGUUUUUCAGUACAGGAAUUUUUACCUUCAACGCUGAUAAAUUUGAAGCUUUAUUUAAGUUAAUGACACCAGAAGAACAUAAAAUGUUUCUUGUUAAUACAGAUACAGCUAAAUCAAAUAUCGAUGAAGCUGAAUACAUCAAGCAGUGUGCUUUAGGUGCAAGACAAUAUUGUGUCAAUGAUCCAUUGAGUACUCUUCCGACCGCUAGACGAGUCUAUAAAGCAUCAAUCGUCAUCCAUGUCACAUUUCUUGCUUUUUUCUGGUACUACGUCAUAAAAAUGAUGUUGAAGCUUUUCGGAUUGUACGAUCCACUUAUGAAAAUGGAGAAUUUAAAUUCAAUUCAAAAGUUUUAUGUGGGAAAAACAAUUUUCAUUACUGGCGCUUCUGGUUUUAUGGGCAAAGUGUUAAUUGAAAAGCUUCUUUACUCGUGUAGUGAUGUCGAAAGAAUUUUUAUUUUAAUGCGACCAAAGCGCGGAAAGUCAGCUCAAGAACGUGUAGAUGGCUUCGCAAAACUUGCGGUUUUCAAACGCGUCUUAGACGAGAAACCGUCGACGUUGAAAAAGCUUUAUCCAGUUUUUGGAGACAUCACACAACCAAAUUUCGGUCUCAGUGAUGAACAUCUUAAGUUGGUCACUGAAAGUACUCAAAUUUUCUUUCACAUGGCAGCUUCAUUGAAACUUGAAGCUACUCUCAGACCAAACAUCAUUAUGAACCUUUGUGGAACGAAAUAUGCCCUUGAUGUAGCUAAACAAAUGAAGAAACUCAUUCAAAUGGUUCAUUUGUCGACAGCGUUUUGUAACAUUGAACCUGAAAUUGUGUACGAAAAAGUUUACGACUUUCCGCAUUGUCCAGAAGAUUUGAUGAGAUGUGCAGAAUGGAUGAGUGAAGAUGCUAUGGCAAAUGUUCAGAAAGAAGUUUUGGGAGGUCAUCAAAACACUUACACCUACACUAAACGAUUAGCUGAAAUUCUCGUUCAGAAUGAAUUCGGAAAUCUUCCAGUUUGCAUAGUUCGUCCAACCAUAGUCACACCAGCGUUGUUUGAACCAGUUCCUGGUUGGGUUGAUUCUCUUAAUGGUCCUAUUGGAAUCAUGUAUGCCAGUGGAAAAGGAGUGUUGAGAACCAUGCUUAUAGACGACAAAGGAAAAUUUGAAAACAUUCCCGUUGAUAUCGCAAUCAAUUCUCUUGUUGUCAUCGCUCAAAAGAUGUCAACUGCUGUAGAAAGGCCAAGAGAAAUUCCCGUUUUUCAUACAACACUCCACAAAACACGUGUAAUUACUUUUCGAGAAUUAUUCGACAAGACGGUAGCAAUUGCGAGAAAUUAUCCGUACAGUUGGCCAAUUUGGUAUCCUGCCGGAGAACCAACAACUAAUUAUUGGGAAUUUAAAUUGAAGACUUUCUUCUUUCAAUGGAUUCCUGCAUAUGUCAUUGAUUUCUUUUUGAUGGUUUUCCAACAGAAACCGCUCUUAGUUAACAUUCAGAAGAGAAUUGCCGUUGGAUGUGAAGUUCUUAUGUUUUUCUGUACAAGAAACUGGAACUUUAACGCUGAGAAAUUUGAAGCAUUAUUCAAGCUAAUGACACCAGAAGAACAUAAAAUGUUUGCUGUUGAUACAGAAAAUGUUGGUGAUGAAUAUGAAUACAUCAAGUCAUGCAUUUUGGGUGCAAGACAAUAUUGUGUCCGAGAUCCAUUGAGUACUCUUCCGACUGCUAGAAGAGUCUUUAAAGCAUCAUACGUCAUUCAUUUGAUCUUUCUUGGUCUCUUUUGGUACUACGUCAUAAAAAUGAUGUUGAAGCUCUUCGGAUUGUACGAUCCACUUAUGAUUCAAAAGUUUUAUGCAAAGAAAACAAUUUUCAUAACCGGAGCUUCGGGGUUUAUGGGAAAAGUGUUAAUGGAGAAAUUGCUUUACACAUGCGAUGAUAUUAAAGAAAUUAUUAUUUUGAUGCGUCCAAAACGUGGAAAGACUGGUCAACAGAGAGUCGAAGAGUUUGAGAAAAUUCCUGCCUUUUGGCGGAUAAUGAAGGACAAGCCACAAGUAAUGAAAAAGAUUACGCCCGUUUGGGGUGAUAUAACUUCUGUUAACUUGGGACUAAGUGAUGCACAUUUUAAGAAAGUCACAGAAAACACGGAAAUUGUUUUCCACAUGGCAGCAUCGUUAAAGCUGGAAGCAACUCUUAAGCCGAAUAUUUUAGCGAAUCUAACAGCAACUAAACACGUUUUGGAUAUCGCUGAAGCAAUGAAAAAUCUUAUUCAAUUCAUGCAUUUAUCAACAGCUUUUUGCUGUCCAGAUCAAGAAGUUUUAGAUGAAAAAGUUUUUGAAUUUCCCCAGAAGCCUCUUGAUCUUAUCCGUUGUGCUGAAUGGAUGAGUGAAGAAGCAAUGCAUGCAAUCCAAAAGAAAGUUCUUUUGUUUCAACCAAAUACUUACACUUACACGAAAAGAUUGGCUGAGAUUCUUGUGCGUGAUUAUUACGAUCAUCUUCCAGUGUGCAUUGCUCGACCAAGUGUUGUGACGCCAGCUUUUACAGAUCCAUUACCUGGAUGGGUUGAUUCCCUUAAUGGGCCACCAGGAAUUUUCUUAGCAGCUGCAAAAGGCGUCUUAAGAAGCAUGAUGAUCAAUGCUGAUAGUAAAAUGGAAGUAAUCCCUGUUGACGUUUGCAUCAACGCACUCAUUUACGUGACAAAACAUCUCGCAACAAAUCCAAGAUCAGAAGAAAUUCCAGUUUACAAUAUGACGAUUCACGAAUCACGAAAAAUUACAAAUGGUAAAACUUUUGAGUACACAAGAAUUUUGGGUAAGAAAUAUCCAUGCUCAGCUGGGCUUUGGUAUCCUGACGGUGACAUUACACAAAAUGUUUUCAUUCACACAAUUAAAGUCUUUCUAUUUCAAUGGGUGCCAGCGUAUCUUAUUGACUUCAUUUUAUUGAUCACUGGGCAGAAGAGAUUCAUGGUUUAUGUCCAAAAGCGUAUUAGCACUGGAAUGGAAGUGCUUCAGUUCUUCACAAUGCGUGAUUGGAACUUCAAAUCUGAUAAAGUGCAAAAUUUACUUAAAACUUAUGAGGGGCCAGGAGAAGAAAAAAUGUUUAAUUUUGAUUCUGAGAACACUGGCGAUGAGUUUGAAUACUUGAAGACAUGUCUUCUUGGUGCGCGACAAUAUUGCGUAAAAGAUCCCCUGUCAACUCUUCCAAAAGCUCGAAUUCAACUAAGAAUUCAAUACUUCGUUCACAUUAUCUGCAAGAUGUUGUUUUGGUAUUUCAUCAUCACGACAUUAGUGAAAGUCUUAGGACUGCAGGAACCUGUUAAUGGUAUCUUCAACUAUUUUAAGACAACAAUCAUUGGUAGAAACACGACAAUCGAGUUUUAA